AGCACCUCUAGUGCACUCAGUGUUUUCGUUGUGAGCAGUUUGUAUCUUGUGUCUUGUGUCCUGUGUCGGUUACCAUGAGGAUCUUGUUUCUUAUCCUGUCUUUGAGCGUGCUCUCUGUCAUCGCGCAGAGCCGCCGCGUGAGAGUGCGUCCCUCAGAGCCGGAACAGUCCGAACCGACGGCGGCCCCCCAACUCCGGGCCGAGUACUACGCCGCCGCCCAAGAGGAGUCAGAGGAGGAAGAACAACCCCAACUCGUGAGCCGACAGCAGUACGCCCGGGCUCAGCUCCGGCCGGCGCCCGCCUCCCUCCCCACGCCGCGCUCCAAGUCCGAGCCGCGCGCACCGCCCGUCCAAACCAUCCGCAACUACAACAAACUCAACGACGACGGCUCCUUCACCUUCGGGUACGAAGCCGCUGACGGUUCCUUCAAGGAGGAGACCCGUGGCACGGACUGCGUCGUCCGCGGCAAGUACGGCUACAUCGACCCCGACGGUAACAAACGAGAGUUCACCUACGUCUCCGGCAACCCUUGCGACCCGAACGCCGUCAACCAAGAGGAUGAAGAGCUCAACUCCAACCAGGCGAGUGGUGAACGCGAGAACAUCCCCGAGAACAUCCCCCAGCGUCCAAUCCGCCCGCUGAAGAAGAGACCCACAACAACCCUCUUCCAGGCGGACUACAACCCCGCCGAAGAACAGGAGAACGCCCCCACGCCGGCUCCCCGCCCCGGCUACGUCCGCCCCUUCCCCGGGUUCAACCAGAUCGACGACGACAUCCAGCCCGCCAUCCUCCGCGCCGCCAGGCCUAAGCCCACCAACCCGGCCCCCACCCAACCCCAACCCGUCCGCUCCUCCGUCCGUAUCCUACGACCCACCACCCCUGAACUCCCUGCCACUACCUUCCGCCCGCAGCUCCUCCACAGCGAACCCCAACCCCAAUUCUUCCAGACAAAGUCCACGAUCGGCUCUUCCCCCUCUCCUACCACCCCGUCACCCAACUUCGACUCCAACUUCAAGAACUUCCAGCUUGAGAACAAUGUCGUCGGUGGACCGAAACCCCAGGCCCCUGGCAAACCGGCAGGCAGCAACCCGCUCUACUCGACGGAGUUGGUCUUCGACCCCGCCACCGGUCAGUACCAGACCGUGCUCUUCCAGUCGAUCCCCAAGGCGUCCCCGUUCCCGCAACCCGCCCCUCAGCAGCUCAACUUCUUCCCUAGGGGUCCGUUCCCCCCGCAACCACCUGUACCUGUCUUCAAUCAGCAGUUGUUCCAGCAGCAGCACGCUCAGCAGGUGAGCCAGUCCUCGAACCUCUUCAACCAGCAGCAGCAGAAGGCCGCCACCCUCCAGAGGAUACCACCAACCCUGCUGGAUCCCUCUCCACAGAAGUUCAACCAGGAGCCUCUUGCCAGCGUGCAGAGGUUUCCGCCUGAGCCGAAAUUCGCUGCCUCCCAAAGACUGCCCGCCCCAGCCGGUGGACCCGCUCCCCCUAACUUCUUCUUCGUCUCGCCCGACCAGAGGACGAAUCUAGCCAAUGGACAGAUUGAUUCUUUUUUGCGAGGACAUAAUUUGCAAUUUUAGGGACACUCUUGCGUACAAGACAAUUUUAGGCAUGUCUCCUUAGUUUUCACACCUAUCACUAAUGACCACCAGCCCUCGUAACUUCUUAGCCGAAUGCAGACGGUUGAAAUGUUUGUUUUAUAACGACAUUUUUUGGGUUUUAUUUGAAUAUUGCUGACAGUUAUAGCAAUAUUUUCAAGGGAAAUGCAAUUGAUCCAUUGCGUUUCACCUUCAAUCAUUCAGCUGAUCGACAUUCCCUUAUAUUUCCAACUAAAUAUUUCAACCUUUAAAUGUAACUACUUAAAGCGAGACCUUUUAAUCUCAGGGGCUACGCAUUUUAUGGCAAGUAAAAAUGGGUGGAGAACUGAGUAGACUUUGAGUGCCUAUUUGAUCGGAUUGUAUAAAUAAGUACUGAACCAAAGUAUGAAUGAAAUAUUGCGCUUAAUUUUACACCUUACGUCCAGAACUCCAACCUGAGACUUUGUGCAAUAAGCAAAUUUUAAAGAUGGCCGGGGUUACUUAAUAAAAUAAUGAUACUCAUUCAAGUUUGAGAUAUAUCAUGAAGGGGUCAAUUUCUUCACCUUCAAAUUGACGUGUUACGCUGAUGAAACCGGUAUGUAUUUCGAAGAUAGCGAGUCUGAUAGGAUUUGUAUCAUGUAGACUGAUGUUUUUUAUAUUGUUAAUGUUUUCUUUGAAUUACCAAUGAUGCAUAUUUUUUACCAAGACAAAAAAAAAUACGUGCAUUUUAAGAUGCGGUCAAGAACUAACAGCAGUCGUACAUUAGUGUAAUAACUCAGAACACUUCAUCGUUCUUAAGUCAUUAAAUAUUAUGCGGUAAUUUUGGGACCCAGAUUCAUGCAAAUACCACAAGAAAAAUAUUUAGCGUGUGUCGUGAAUCCAAGUAUUGCUCAAAUUAUGGCUUGCAUCUUACUUUUUUAGUUAGAGUGCAGGUAAUUUCAGCAUCCGCCUUAAAAAGUUCCCAGACAUUCAGUUUGAUCACCUCACUGAGUUUCACGACAAAUAAAUUGUUUUAUAUUACUCAAUAAACAAGAACCUAAUCCGUAAUUCGUGAGGCAGUACACAUAAAAAACCGUGGACGACCCGUAAAUCUCAGAGAGAAUUUGUUUCAUUCACGUUAACUCCUCAUUGAGCUUAAUCAUUUCACGUGAUCAAAUCAGAGCAUUCUUGAUAUGCAUCUGAGUUACCACACUAUUAAAAGAAUUAGCUUUCUCCUUUCACCGGAAUCCAAAUAUGAUACUAUAAAAAUAGAACUACAAAAACUAAAGUUGCCGUACC